CAGCAGAGGUCACAUGACUGUCAGGGCUGAGCUUCAGUGCUUCAGAGGAACAAACACAGACACGGAUGUGUUCUCACCAAGAGGCAGAGGGUCUGACUCCUGCUCCACUUUAAAGCAGACUGCAAGGAAAGAAGGCUAAUCUACACCGAGCAUCUGAAGAACAACAUGCAAGUCCUCAAACACAUUGGAUCCAAAACCUGUUCCAGUCCCUCAGACACCGUCAGAGACUGCUUUGAAAGCCCUCUAUAGGGCCACAGCCUGCUGAGUGAAAGCAAAGAACAAAUAUAAAGAGUGUUCACAGCAGCAAAGAGGCUGACUGACCUGUGAGCCUCACAGCCCUCAGUCAUUACUGUUUCUAUGAUGAUGAUGAUGGUGAAACAUUUCUCCCAUGAAGGUGUCCUUUUCUGCUCUGUGGUGGACAGAGAAACCUCCAUGAUGAGCACUGCUGCUGACGAGCUGCUGGAGGCCAGUUUCUCCAGGAUAAAGAUUUUGGACAAAUGUAAAGAUCAGCUUACAGACCUGUCUGAGGAGCUCGAGGAACUAAACGCAAAAUAUAACAGGAGAGGAUGUCUUAAGCUUUUUUCAAGCAGAUCAUCUUCCCCAUUGUCUUGUCCUAAAAUCACUGAAUCACUGGAGAAGUUGCAAAAGGUAGAAGGUGAAAUCAAUGAAGCCCAGCAAAAAACCGAGGAACUGUUAGAGAAGCUGAAGAUUUCUGCAAACAGCUGUGAGCACGUUGUGGAAGAAAUUCUGUCAGCAAUAGCAAAAAGACUUAAAGUCAAGAACCAAAUUAACUUCAGCUCAGCAUCAGCUCGAAAACUCAUCCAAGAAAUGUCUCUAUGUGAGUUUCAGCACAUCCUCGAAGGAAAAGUGGUGGUUGGAUAUGUAGAUAGUGGAAAGGAGUUGCCACUUCCUGAAGUCAUUCAAAUGUUGACAGAAUUAAUCCGGAAGAAUCAUGUGACCGAAGCCAGCGAAUCACUGAGAGCUGCAGCUGACGAGAUCAAAAAGUUCAUCUCGGUCCUUUUUCGUCAAUUCAGCUACAUUGUAAACAAGCUGAGCAAGCUAGCUCAACAAGCAGGUGAAGAACAGUCUGCCUCCGAAACAAGGAGUGGUGGUGACAACAAGGAAGAAAGUAAUCAACCAAGUGAGGAGAGUGGUGCUGAUGACACAAAGAAAGAUAAAGACUAUGACGCCACAGCUGACUCUUGUUAUAGUGAUGAUGAUGAUGAUGGUGGUGAUGGUGGUGAUGGUGAUGAUAGAAAAAACAAAUUUGACGAGCAGAAGAAUGCAGGAGAUGCUGGAAGCUGGGUGCUGAUCAAUUUUCGCUCGAUUGGAAAAAAAAAUAAAAAAAAACAUAAAAAAUUUGACAAUUUAUUAAAGAAAAACAAAGAUGUAUUAAUUAUAACAGAGACGUGGGUAAAAGAGGACACGGAGAAGAACAAGAACCCGGAUCAGGUCCUUCAAGAGCUGUUAACUGAAGAUUACAGAUUUUUUCAGUUUCCGAGGGAGAACAAAAGAGGAGGUGGCGUCGCGAUUUUAUUCUUACCGACAUUUGAGGGUAAAAAAAUGGAUUGGUCCUCAGUAAACCCCAAACGCUUUGAAUAUGUGGCUGCAGAGCUGGAGCGAGAUGGUGACCAACCUGUCCUGGUCAUCGGUGUGUAUCGCCCUUCUCCGAAUACUUCAAGAAAUCAAGAAGAAUUCGAUGAAUUCCUGGUGGAGUUUGAAAGCCUCUUGCAGGAAGCUUCUAUAAAAUUUAAUGGCUGCAUCAUUUUGGCUGGAGAUUUUAAUAUCUGGUUUGAUGAAAACUUGAACCAAAAAAAAACACACUUUAUGAAUUUAUUGGAAAAAUACAAUUUUGAGCAACAUGUAGAGGGCCCAACACAUGAAUACGGUCACACUCUGGAUCUGGUCUUCAGCAGAAAUGUUGAAGUCUCUGAUCUGACUGUUAAGAAUGACGACAUAGCAGAUCAUUGCAGUAUAUACUUCAAUGUUACACCAAAGCCCAAACAUCACAGGAAACAAUUUGAAGCAGGGGAGAAUGAAGAUGAAGAUAAGCCCACAAAACGAGUGAAAAACAGUGAAGAGUAGAAAACUUGAUGCACCUAUUUGUCCUUUAAAAGCUGAAAUAUGUUGGACUCCUGGACAUCCGAGCGUUCACGUUUCAGGAUUCAUCAUCAUGCACACAUAACACAUUCGCAUUGACUCAGGGGGCUGAAUAAUUACGCACACCCCACUUUGCAGUUAUUUAUUUGUAAAACAUGUUUGGAGUCAUGUAUGAUUGUCGUUCCACUUCUCUCGUGUGCACCACUUUGUGUUGGUCUUUCACCUGGAAUUCCAAUAACAUUGAUUCAUGUUUGUGGCUGUAAUGUGACAACAUGUGGGAAAGUUCAAGGGGGCCCAAUACUUUUGCAAGCCACUGUAGCUGUAAGUAAUCUGGACGCUACAGCUUUAAGCAGCUGCGCGCUCCCGCGGGCGGCAAUCGCUGUCUGGUAGACGAUCACUUUUUGGCACAACGCCUGGAGCUAAUGGGACAAAACAAUCGCAUUAGUGCUGCCGUUGCAAGAAUAAAGAAUCACAUGACCGCUUAAAGACAAAGCAACAAGGUGACAUAUACCAGUUUAUAAACUGUGUUGAUCGGCCAUGUAAAACCAGAGUCAUGAUAAACAAUAUAUACGCGGCGUUUUUUCCUGAGUGGUUUCAUCAUGUUUAUUGUCUAAGGACAGUGUGUAGUUGAUGUGUUGUCUUGUGUAGUUG